UUCCUGGAAGUAAGCAGGUGAGACACACCUGAGGAGCGCGCGGAGUGAGACGACAAACAGCAGCGAGAUUUUCGGACAGUUUCUCACUGAAACAUUCAGCCUAACAGCGGCUGAAAAUGCGUCAGUCCUCCUUUUUAUCCUCUUCCUCUGUCCUGCUCCUUCUCCUCCUCCUCACGCACCAUGGCGCAGCGGCGGAGGACGUGGACAAGUGCAGCGACACCUUCCGCCGCGGUGACGGCGACUUCGUGCUGGACACGGAGGAGGCGGUGCGCUACGGAGCGACUUUGCUGACCACCCUGCACGUUCCCACCGUUGAGGACUGCGAGCAGCUCUGCUGUGGGGAUCCGAAAUGCAACCUGGCGCUGCUGGAGCCACGCGCCGCCACGGGGGACAGGACGUGCGUCAUGUUCGACUGCAUUUACAGGAACCGCUUCGUGUGCCGGUUCGUGAACCAGGACGGGUACCAGAGCUUUAUCAGAGACACUGUGUUUCAGAAAUACCUGAAGGGACCAGGUAAGAAGGCUCCGCCCAUCGCCAAUGCAGGCCGCGAUGUCAUCGUUCAGCCAGGGCAGGUCGUGACCCUCAAUGGCAUCGAGAGUCUGGCCCUGGAUGACAGGAAGAUCACCAACUACAAAUGGAGUCUGCAGAGCGGAAAUGACAGCGUCAAGAUGGCGAAAACAGAUCUACCUGACCAGGUGGAGCUCUCCAACCUGCAGCCCGGCUCCUACAUCUUCAAGCUGACCGUCACCGACUCCAAAGACCAAACAGGCGACGCCAAGGUCAGGGUCCUCGUCCUCAGCCAGGAGCUGUCCAGCUUGUACUGCCUGGCUCCUCUGAAGGUCGGCCCGUGUCGCGCGGCGUUCCCUCGCUGGCAUUACAACGUGGAGGCAGGCAGCUGUGAGCAGUUCACGUUCGGAGGCUGCACACCCAACAAGAACAACUAUUUGUCCGAAAAAGAGUGUAAGGCAGCCUGCACGGGAAUUACAGUAUCAUCACAGAGGAGCAUCUCUCUGCCUGCAGCAGAGGUGUGUGGCGUGGAGUGUGAUCCCGAUCAGCUGAUCUGUGGAAACGGCUGCUGUCUGGACAGAAGUCUAGAGUGUGACGGCACGACGCAUUGCAGCGACGGAUCUGACGAGGAUCACUGCAACAAACUGAACCAAACCUUCAACCAGCUGCUGAGCAUCGAUGUGAACCAGAGGAAAGCCCGGUGCACAGACCUGCCCGUCACCGGUCCGUGUCGGGCGAGUUUCACCCGCUGGUACUACGACCCCCUGAACAGGAAGUGCCACCGCUUCACGUACGGCGGCUGUGACGGAAACGAAAACAACUUUGAGGAGGAUGGGGCGUGCAGUGAGGCGUGCAAAGGAGUGACGGAGAAAAAUGUGUACUCCAGAGGGAUGUUUGACCGUUAUGAGACAGACGACCCAGCAGAUGACUCAGGCAACGUCACGCUGGCUGUAUUGCUGUCGGUGGCCAUUUUGGUGCUACUGGCCAUCACAGCUUACUGCUUCAUGCGGGCGCGGAAGGAACGCUCCCAAAAUUCUGUCUCCACAAGACCCGCCCACGUGGCUCUGUCAGAACAGGAAACGCUCGUUUACAACAGCACCACCAAACCUGUGUGAUGUCAUCAGCACGGUACUGCCGUUACCAUAGCGACCCACCUGCAGUUCCAGCUGCCGUUUCGGACCCCUGUUUGAAAUGUCCCACAGUUCAUUUGUUGUAUUUGUUUGCCCUCCUGAUGUUUUGACUAUUAACAGUGGAUUUUAUUUAUGAGAUGAUUUGUGUCAGCAGUGAACUAAUGUUCACAGAUAAAUUCACCUCUUCUCCCAGUCAGAGCAGCCCUGUCCGUUUUUUCUCUGAUCAACUGAAAUGAUUGAAAGUGAAGCUUAUCAGGCUGGAUCAUUUAGAUUUCUGACACUGAGCUGUUUCUUUUUUUUACUGGGUUUCUGCAGGUUUGUCCUGUUUGAAUUUCUGUUCAGAAUAUAUUUGAGUCAGUGUUUGGGUCUCAGGUUUUACUAGUUUUAAAGCACAAUGUGUCUGUAAAUAUUACAUUAAAUGUGUUUUUAAUAAGCUCUGCUGUCUGUUUGUAAUGUUUGAUAUGUGAAAUAAAUCCAGAUGGAAAUCA